AUGGACGAUAUUCAAACAUGGCCGAUUGUACGAGUUGCGACUCAAAAUGGAGAGGACAAUGGAACCGACGUUACCAGCACGCCGAACGUGAAGCAAAACGAGAUCCGUGAACGUGAGUCCAGCGAACAGACGAAGAAGAAGGGAAAGAGAAGGACGUUGAAGCAUCUGGUGAGGAUGUGUGAAGAGUUUGGAGACAAUAGCGACAAGUCAGGAAUCCUUGCUCGAUGGCGAAAAUGCUUGAGGGAUCCGAAAUGGCACUAUGCCGUUGAUGCUCGAUUAUUAGAUAGGACUCGAAUGGAGGAUUCUAUACAACAACUCGUGAUCAAGCUGGAAAACCUCUACAGAGAAAUCCACAAUCAAGGAGGAGCUUCCGGUAAAGUCCGAGAUGUUGCACGAGAACGAUUUUGGGAGGCAUCGCCUCUAACAAGGGUGGAGAAUACACUGAAAAAGGAGGCGCUCGUGCCGAGAUGGACUCAACUCCAAUUGGACAGCUGGGCUCUCUACCUGGAGUCUCAGAUGCUAUUCGCAAAUCUUGACAUCAGGAUUUGUCGUGAUACUAUGCAGUUUCAUGAACUUCAUAACAUCCUCGUCGCCCAAAAGAACGCUGAGAUGAAUUUCUUGGUGGAAGCUUGUCGCCGAUCCGACAUCGACCUUUCCGAGAACUUCGACCUGACUUCAAACUUCAGCGACUCAGAUUCUGGACACUCAGAUUUCGAAGAUUCAGAAGAGGAAGACUACAGGCUCGCGGAAUUGACAGGCUAUAACCUCGCAGCGAAUGUCACAAUUCCCAUUUCUCGUUUCACUUCCCGCACAUGCCUUGAACUAAAGCGGAUGAGCCAGAUAUCACACGGUAAAGCCCGAGCCUUCCAGCUCGCUUUGAUGUUUCGCUUGGACUUCCUAAGAUUCGAAAAGCUAAAACUGAAUUGGUGGCGAAAGGGAGUCCACGAAACAGAUGCAUUGCUUCUCGAUUUGCUGGAGCAGGAGCAGAAAGAUUAG